AUGUCGUUCGACUCGGUCAUGCCGCCGUACAACGCGUCGGACCCGACGGCCAUGUUUUGCAGCUCAUCGUGCCUCGACUUUUUGCUCAUCGAGCUCGUCCCCAUGGCGUACCGGGUCGCCAACGACGUCGAAGCCGCGGCGGCAGCUCUGGAGGGAGGAUCGGAAGAAUCGCAACAACAAGCACAAAGAUCGGGGCCGGAUGCGGCUUCGUCCGCCUCGAGGCCGGCGCCGCCGGGGGCGCGGCGCGGGACCUUGGAUGAGGACGAGGAGCGCGAUGCCGUCUUUUAUCGGCUCGAGACGCAGGGGUAUCGGGUCGGUCAGGGCCUGGUGGAGAGGUUCUCCAAAGAUCGACCACGGCUCAACGACACACUGGACGUGAUCAAGUUCAUCUGCAAGGACCUGUGGACGCUUGUGUUUCGCAAGCAGGUCGACAAUUUAAAGACGAAUCAUAGGGGUGUCUACGUCCUGACCGAUAAUUCCUUCCGGCCAUUCGCCAAAAUGAGUUCGGAGGCUGGAGGCCAGGCAGUAAUGAGAGCGGAACCGUUUCUAUGGUUCCCUUGCGGAAUCGUCCGCGGCGCUCUGGCAGCCAUGGGUGUCAACGCCACCGUGCAGGCAGAGACGACGGAGCUGCCCGGUGCAGUUUUCCAGAUCAAGACCGUCACUGCAAAGGCUUAG